AUGAUGCCACCGGCUAUCGAGGUGGGCAAGUCUGCCUCCUCCGUUGAAGGAGUUGGCGCAAAAGACAUGGACGAGGUCAACACCCACACGUCGGUGAGCCUAUGCAGCAGCAGUAGCAGCACCGAUGCAUACGGUCAAACGACGACAGCCGCGGUAGUGUUAACGCUGAGAGCUAGAGCGCCCAGCCCCAUCGUCAAGCGCGGCAGUGGCAGUAUUAGCAGCGGUAGCAAUGAAUGCGUCUCGUGUGAUCUGCGAAUGCCGACGCCGCCGACGCCUUGCGAAUUUCUCGAGGACCUCUCUCUCGCCUCCACUGCCGCGGUCGGCGCCCUCGGCGUCGGGGUCAAGGUAGUCAGUGACUCAGCAGCCUUGGCCUUGACACCGAUUUCUCCACUCAGAACCACGUCGGCAAAGAGGAGACUGACGCCGCCACAUCCAAUAGACUUUUCCGAAACAACCUCGGCAGUAGCAGCGACAGCGGCAGCGGGGGGGCCGGUGGAUGCGCUUGCGCCUGCCUUGGAGUUUGCUCCGUCGCUUCGCCUUUCGUCCUCUAGGCCCGCAGACGCAUCGGCGCCUUCGGCCGUAGCCGCCACACCGCCGGCUUUCUCCGUCGCUUCCUCUGGGAACAGCUCGAGGCCGCCACUGCCGCCGGCGGGCCUGCACUCAGAAGCCGGCCCCUUGCACCCAGAGAAGUCGACGAUCAUCGACAAUGCCGCCAUCAGCUCGCUCUUUUCCACACCGCAGCAGACGUACACUUCCCCAUGCGACUACGUGCCGGCGGAGCACCGUCCGUCGCUGGCAACGUCGUCAUUACGCUACUGCGAAUGCUGUAGCGCUGUGAAAAGCGGACUUCUCCUGCAACCACACAUAGGUAACAGCCCUGCGUCACUGAGAAGUGCCCAACACCCACCCAGCACCUCUCAUCCGCAGUACGCUGAGGUCGGUUCCCAGGCACGUGGCAAUGCCUUCGACGCGCACUGGCAAGCCGCGAGCAGCCCGCCACGCUGUCAUGGGCACAUCAGCAGCUCGACCUGCUCUCCCGCUGGUAUGGGAACCUUGAGUGGCUGGAAGGUUUCGGGGCUUGUGAGCGGCGGAUACAGCUAUGGUACUUGCGUAGAAGAUCGCUCAAUAGAUGGGGUGGCCGGUGCGAACGGAACAUCGGCGGUCGCUUCUAGCGGCGCAGAGCAGAGCGGCUUAUCAGCUGGCAUGGCGGACGGCUGUGGCAGCAAACUCCAUUCGGUGGCGUGCAACAGCCGCAGUCCACUGACUCCACCACGUGGGCUGUACCCAUUGGCGCCGUCAGUUUUUUCGGCAGCGCACGCAUCAGCCCCUCAGCAAGUCAUUGCACCGCCGCCUCACCUCGAUCUGAUGGGCAUGGGAGGCGGCGGGUACGAGUAUAGCACCGGUAAGUCGCUGGGCUACAAUACUGGGCCAGAGUACGGUGACGGCCGCGGCAUCCGCUUUCGGGGCUGCGUCCCGCAAAACGUGGCGUGCAUUGAGCAUUUAAACCAUCUCGAUCACGUUUGCCGCGAAAUUCUGCUCGAGUCGGAGAUGCGGCGCGUGCGACGCGAGCAGCGGCGGCGAGAGCGUGUAUAUAGCGUCGACGAUAAGAACGCAGAGGAGGCACGCUAUAGUGACACGCUUACUAUUGCCCUUGAUCUUGAGGGACGCUCGCUUGGCCGGAUGGGGUCCAUCUGCAUCAUUACUCUUGCCACCUACUCCACGGUAUACAUCAUUGACGUUGUCAUGCUUGGUGCAGAGGCACUGUACGCCGGCUCGCCCCUGAAGCGUGUGCUCGAGUCGCGUGACAUUAUGAAGUUGAUGUUCGACUGCCGCGCCGACUGCGACGCACUUUUUUUUCUCUACGGCGUGCGCCUGCAAAACGUGUGCGACUUGCAGAUCUCCUCCUGCUUUGCGCUAUUCCCGACGUCGCCGCAUCUGCCGGGAAUGAAAAGCGUUUUUCUCGUCUUGGGACUCUUCACUGACGAGGACGCGGGGAUCAAGAACGCCGGUCGUCACCUCUUUAAUCCGCGCUGUGGCGGCAGCUUCGACUGGUGGGAGGAGCGCCCUCUCACGGACGUUCUCGUGCAGUACUGUGCUGUCGAUGUCAAGUACUUCUUUGCCGCUCAACUGAUUCUGCAGGACCACGUCGAGCAGGGCUGUCGGCUAGGCGAGGCGCGGCUGGCUUCUGUCUGCAACGGCAACUUUCGCGGCUCUUCUAGGAGCAACUCCUUCCGCGACUUUGACGUGAGGAGCGAACUGUGA